GCGUUUGCAAAACAGGCCCUAGAGGCGCACAACAAAUACCGUGCCAAGCAUCAAGUGCCACCUUUAAAAUGGUCGGAAGAAAUCGCAAAAGACGCGCAGGCCUGGGCUGAGAAGUUAGCUCGUGAACGCAGACUACAGCAUGCGUCCCAAAGCGAACGCAAAGGAACUGGUGAAAACAUCGCAAUGUUUUCUGGUAAAUUUGAAACAGCUGGCGAAGAAGCCACCAAUAUGUGGUAUUCUGAGGUGAAGGAUUAUCGGUUCAAUAAGCCUGGUUUCCAAGGCAACACUGGGCAUUUCACGCAAGUGGUUUGGAAAGAAAGUCAGGAGCUAGGAAUGGGUAAGGCCCAGACUGCUGACGGCCGCCUGACAUUCGUCGUAGGGAGGUAUAAGCCUGCAGGAAAUUUGCUGAAUCAUUUUCAAGAAAACGUGUUUAAGGGUUGA